AUGAGCCAGGAUCCCAAGCGGUCUUCCGCAGGCAAUGCGACGUCUCCGGCCACAAUUCCGCGACCUCCACCACUGCCAGCUCCCAAUCCCAGGCCGUUGCAGCGAGCUAGAGAUGCAGCGUCCAGGCUUUUGGGUUACGCUUCGAGACCUCCCAGUCCGCAAGGCCUGCGAGACGACGACCGCUUCACGCUGGGCAGUAGCCAAUUCACCAGGUCCUCCUCUCUCGGCGCUACUCAGAACGCCACCACCAGCCAUAAGACCGGACUGGAGAUCCAUUCGCUCAGUAUAAACGACAGCGGAAGUCAUGCCAUCAUUGCAGGAAAGGAGAUCUUCAAGACGGUCAAGGUCGAAGAUGGGCAUUGUGCGGAGGAUUUCAACCUUAGGACGGCCAUCCGAAGCACACCCACUCAGGCCUCAGGCCAGCCGCGGCAGAUAUACUCCAUCGAUAUUGCCGAUGUAGCUUGGGCCAAGGGCGACAGUAACCAUCUCGUGGCAGCGGCAACCUCCAGUGGCAAGAUCAUUGUGUACGACCUCGGCCAUGCUGGUCUCCAGGCCGCACAGCUGCACGAGCACUUCCGGCAGGUGCAUAAUGUAACAUUCAAUCCUCAUCGAGGCAGCUUGCUCCUGUCAGGCUCACAGGACGGUACGGUCCGGCUUUGGGACUUGCGUGACGUGAAGAGCCAAGUGACGACCGUGCAGAGCAAGCGAAAGUAUUCAGGCCAGAGUGAUGGAGUUCGAGAUGUGAAGUGGUCGCCCGUGGAGGGCUUUGAUUUUGCGUUUGGGACAGACAAUGGCGAUGUCCAGCGUUGGGAUAUGAGGAAUUUGAAGUCGGCCAAGGUCAGAGUACCGGCUCACAGUCUGGCGUGCAACACGGUCGAUUGGCAUCCAGACGGCAAGCACAUCCUCAGCGCCAGCUCUGACAAGACGGUGCGAGUCUUUGAUGUUUCCACGAGUCGUCCUAGAAAGGCGGCCUGGGAGAUCAAGACUGCCUUUCCCGUCAUGAACGCUCGAUGGCGACCAUCCUGUCAGUCUGCUAUGCCGCACGACAACGGAGCCCAGCAGUGCACCCAGAUCGUCACUGCGUACGACGUCGAGCAUCCGAUCAUGCAUGUCUGGGAUUUUCGUCGUCCUCUUCUUCCAUUUCGCGAGCUGUUUCCGCAUCCAUCGGCGCCGACUGAUCUUCUGUGGCACUCGCAGGAUCUGUUGUGGACUGUCGGCAGAGAAGGUGCUUUCAUCCAGACGGAUGUGCAGCACACGUCGAAAGUCAUUGAUCGAUGCAACUUGCAAGCAAUUGAUGUGUCGGCGCUUGGUGAGUUGUCGUUUGUUGCGCAAGCCCGUCAACAACGCCGCAAGCCGCCGCCGCCGCCGGUGCCUCCUCCUUCUCUCCCGACACGAACAAACACCAGCCUGAGCACCAGUCCAGAGACGACCUUUCUCAGUCGAAGUUGGCAGGACGAUACAUUGGAUCAAUCAUUUCUCAGUGUGUUGCCUUUCAAACGCCAAGCCAGAUCGCACAGCAGCAGCAGAGUCCACGGUGCCUUAAGCUCUUCAUCCACCUCCAAUCAACACCAGUCGGCGACCAUCAAACUCGACGACAUUCUGCUCAACCGCAAGUCCUUCAGACCGCAACAACUCUCCUGUCGUGGACAGCUUGAAAGUCACAACAAUCCUGAGCCAGUCGCCUUCAUGGCUGAACGAGCCCGAAUUGAGAUACCAUCAACGUCGAACGACGAUGACUUCCUGCGUGAAGUUGAAAAUGCCUUCAAGGCGAACGAGGAUCACUACAACUCGAUUGGAUACAACGUCACUGCGGCGGUCUGGAAGAUGGUCGGACAUUGCACUUUGGUUCAUAUUCAAGAUCGUGUCGCAUUCAAGCGCAAGCGAGCGGCAGAGAAGUCAUCAUCACCUGCACAAGAACCUGCCAUGACCACCUCAAUCGAAACGUUGGCAAAGAGGCUUGCAACACAACAUCUCAAAUCACCGACGCAAUCACCUGGCACCUUACGACCAGUCUCGACCAUUGCCCAGCAGCUGGCUCAACCUGAAAGCACCUCCAACGUUCCCACGCCACUCGCUCGUCCAUCCACCAGCGGAAAGCUUCCCAUGUCACAGCAACACGCACAAACACUUCCAGACCCAGACAAAGAUGAGAAGCUGGCACUGCCUCCUUCCAUUGCCUCAAAACCUACUUCACCACCGCAGCUCCCUGUCGAAGCAAGUCAGGCACGAGAUCGAAGACUUACGCUAGAAAACCUUGAAGGACUGCAGAAGCUUCAACCGAAUGACAGUAGCAACCGAAACGAGAUGGUCAAGCGUUGGAGUUCGCAACCAAAGAUACCUCUCAGUCUCGACCCUGUCGAUGACAAGGGCGUUAAGAUCCCACCCGCAAAGCUCGAAAAGCAUGACAGUGGCGAAAGCUUUCAAUUUCUCGAAGAGUCUGGUGGUUCAAGAGAGUCAUCAUUUCCAGCUUCACUUGAAAGCUCUGCGUCCCAGCCGAGCCAAGAAGAAUGA